CAAAGAACCAACAAAGAGCACUCUGUCGGUCCUGAGAGAGAGCGAACAACUCUACGGCUACAACGUCUAACCGACCAGUAUGGGACAGAUCCCGGAUAAACUAGAAGGGGGAGAGCAGGCCCUCGGUGAAGGGUCGGAGGAGACGAGGCCGAGUCCUGACCCUGGAGCGGCAGAAAGUCACACAGGUGAUGUCAUGGAGGGAGGAAGCUCCUCCUCUGAGGAGGAGGCUGGUAGCACCAGGGAGGAUUCAGGGGAGCCAGACGCUCAGGAUCUGGACGGGAGCCCCGGCCAAGAGCCAACAACACCUUCUAGUGAGAAGCACAUAAAAUUGAGGGAGAGUCCUUUCGCUGCAAGGGAGGUGAGGCAGGGAGGGGCUGCAGGAAAGGAGAGAAGAGGAGGAGGAGGAGGAGGAGGAGGAGGAGGAGGAGGAGGCAGGACCGUUCCACUGGUUCCACAGGAGACAGACGAGAACCAAAAGAGUAGUACGAGGAUUGCGGAAGGAGCUGGAACACACAAGCUGUUCAAUCAAAUCAAGAGAGAGGAGAAGACGACUGAGGAGGAGCUUCACGCAUCCUCAAAGAUUAAGAUGGAGUAUCAGGAUGAGGGAAGCGUCCAACAUGAGGAGAUCCAAGAUGAAAACUUCUCAGCUGGAGUUUAUGCUGUUACCUCACAGGAUGCAAACUCACUUGUAGACACGGAAGAGGACUCUGGGAUGGUGAAGAUGAGCAGAUGUGGAGAUCAUGCAGGAAGUGAGUCUGUUCAACAAGAUGAGCACGACAUCAUCAUGGCUGAAGUUGAAGACGUUAAACUCUGUGCAGGAACAGUGGGCCGCUUGAGUGAGAGGAGGGAACCGCCUACAGCUCAACCCCAACAUCCUUUGAAAAACAGUCUACAGAAGGAGUCUCUAUUAGAUGUGAGUGAUACCAUUCACUGUAGACCUCCAAGAGAGUCAACACAACCAAAGGUCACUGACACUGAUGAUGAAAAGGAGUCGGUGAGGCCUUAUCUGCCAAUGGACACAACUGAAACAACCACAAAUCAAAAGAUAGACUCAUGUUCAGCAUCAAAUCCAGCGAUUGAGCCCAGUUCUAUUUUGGAGAAGCUACUGAAGAGAGAUAAACAGGAGACAACCCCAACUCAUGACAUGGUGACGAUUGAUGUUACUGCAAAGAGGAUCCUUGGCAACACAGCAACAGAGAUAUCCACCGAUCAAAUCGAUCAGUCAGAUGUAAAUACACCUUCGUCAGUAUGUGACAUGAAAGGGUUGACACCUAAAGGAAACCGUGCAACUAGAGAUCAUCACAUCAAGGAUGUGGACAUGAAACAGACAGCUGCUGCCGACAGCGUGACCUCAGAUUGUUUUCAGCCUGGAGUGAUUGGGAAUACUAUGUGUGGGAGAUCACUCACAAAAUCCCAUUAUUCCAAAGCUGAUUGUCAGCAUGCAGGGGGGAACGUCAAUUCGACAGAUGCUUCAGUCAAUGAGGAUGUGGAGAUAAAGCCAAAAAAGCUGUGUUCAGACAACUUACAAUCAGCUGUCUCACAUGAGAGAACGUCAUGUGAAGUGAGCGGCGUGAUCACUGAGGAAUCUGCACCUUUAUCAGUGGCUGAUGUGAAGCCUCCACCCACAAAAAGUGAUGGACAAAUUGCAGACUCAUGUCAUUUAGUUGCUGAAAAGACAGACACCAACAAUAAGAAGAAGGUGAAGGACUCCACUGAGGAUACUGGCUCAGUUCUGGUUGCAGUUAUCUCAGAGGAAAGCCACCAGGACAUGAAGCAGGAUCUUAAUAUGACACUUCACACAGAGAAUAUGAUGCCAGACCAACCUGAUGGACAGCUUGGCAAAGAAGGAGAUGGCAGCGUCACAAUGAGAGAUAACUCCCAAAGAAGCCCCAAAUCUAGGCCUGUUUCCGAACUCAUAAAGGAGACCAUUCAAAUGCAUGAAAAGCUGCAGCACCAGGACCGGACCAAGCCAGCUGAAGUGAAGUGUGAUGAGCAGGGCCAUUCUGUGAAGGUGGCACAGAUGAAGGCGGCGUUCGACUCACCUCACAAAUCCCCAGACAAGGCAAUCGAGAGGAAGCCAUCAGUGAGAAGAGAUUCACCACCAACAACCCUCAUCUAG